GCCUCGCCUCUUCUUGCCCCGGGCCCCUUCCGGCCCCGCUCCAACCCCAACCUCGUGGCCAGCGUAGCGCAAGUAGCGGACUAGCGGUAGUAGUCGGCAUGCUAGAGGAAGGUUUGAAGGAAUGAAAACUAGAGCCAAAGGAUGAGGACUGAGGAGGAGGAGGUGGAUGCCUGGACAGGAUAAGGAAGUGACAACAGAGGGAGCAGACCGUGAUGCUACGGCGCGCGGCAAGCAAUGCUUAUUCGUGGUGGUGGGCUAGCCACAUCCGCAGCACACAAUCCAAAUGGCUCGACAACAAUCUUCAAGAGAUGGAAACGAGGGUGAAGUCCAUGAUCAAACUCAUAGAAAUAAAUGCUGACACUUUCGCAAAAAGGGCAGAGUUAUACUUCAAGAACAGGCCUGAGCUAGUAAACCUAGUCGAGGAGACAUAUAGAUCUUACCAGGCGCUCGUUGAUCGAUGCGAUCGGAUAUCAGGGGAGCUCCACAAGUCAAAUCACACCAUAGCAACUGCAUUUCCGGAGCAAGUUCAACUCUCACUAGAAAAUGACAAUGAUGACGGGUUCCCAAUGGGCAUCACAGGGAUCAAUAUCAGCAGAGGAACUAUCCCAGCUCCAAAGAGGACACAGACACACGUGACGAUUACCUCUCAGAUGAGCAAAGAAAAGGCACAAGAAAAGAUCGAGAGGCUCCAGAAGGAAAUUUUGCUAUUACAGACCGAGAAAGAGUUCUUCAAGAGCUCAUAUGAAUCUUCACUAGAUAAGUACUUGGAUAUUGAACAAAGGGCGACAGAGAUGCAAGAGGAGGUAUGGAGCUUGCAAGAGACUUUUAAUACCAGUGUAGUUAUCGAAGACAAUGAAGCUCGAGCUUUGAUGGCUGCACGAGCCCUUAUUUCCUGUGAGGAUACACUGAUUAACUUGCAAGAUCAACAAAAGAGAUCAUCUCAAGAGGCAAAAAUAGAGUUCCAACGAGUCAUAGAUGCAAAAAAGAAGCUAAAAGAUUUCAAGAGUGAGUGUGGGCAUCCUAAUAAUCAAAAGGAGCUAAGUGAUGAGCAAUAUGUAGUGAUCAGCUCCACACAUCCACCUAUAGAGAAUAAUGUCUCCAUCCUGCAAGACCAUAGGCUCCAGCCGCAAGAAUUGAGCCAAAAGAUCAAACUGCAGUUUGAGUCAUGCUCAGAGGCAUCUGUAGUGCAUCUAGCAGGAAUUGUUGAUGGAUUCGUGGAUAAGGUGAUCGCAAUAGAAAUUGCAGCUACAUCACAAAAUGCUAAAAUCAAUAGAAUGAAAGCUGAGGCAGAUGAACUACACAAGCAUCUAAAUAGUUUGGAGGAAGAGAAGGUUGGUUUAGUUGGAGAUUCCAGCAAGUUGCCCGAGAGGUUGAGGCAAGUUGAGAAAGUGCUACAAAUAAUUCAGCGGUUUGAGAAGUCUGUGCACAUUGAAAAUGGAAAUAUUCACAGUCAAUUAACUGAAGCAUGCAAUGGUCUUACUGAUUUUGUGGAGAAGGUGGAUGCUCCUUUGAGCGAAGAAACAAUAGAUUCAUCUGAAGGGUCUAAAGGAAUUGCUUCCGAAGAAGAUCCAGAUAAGCCUGGCACACUCUCUAAUCCAUUUCAAGCCAAUUUAGGCACUGCAGGUAAAUCAAUGGAUGAAGACUCAUUGGAUUCAUUUGAUAUCUCUAGUGAGGCACAGGAAGACGAGGCAGAUGGCACCUCAGGGCGGCGGCAAGUAGUUUUGGAUGGGUUAGAGGGUAAGGAUAAAAUCCUCUUAAAAGAUUAUGCAUCCAUCCUUCAGAACUAUAGAGACACAAAGAAGCAGCUUUCUGAGAUAGAGAGGAAAAAUCGAGAAUAUCAUCUUGAGGCUAUGUCAGAAAUGAGAGAGUUAAAGAGUGCCAACAUAACAAAAGAUGAUGAGAUUCAUUCUCUUAAACGAAUGUUGAGCUCUUUACAGUCCAAGAUCAGCACCAAUCCAAUUCAGUGUGUUGAGAAGUCUGAAGAAUCAUCCAAAGAAAACAAGGAUCCUUGUCUAGAAGAGAAAGAGAUUGGUGAGAUAGAAGAAUACAUGAAGAAUUGCCAAAAUGAAGAACCACAUGUUUCUUCAUUAGAGAAGAAAUUCGGAGAAGAAAUUAGCAAAGUAUUAGAGGAAAGCUUGGACUUCUGGUUGAGGUUCAGUACAUCAUAUCGUUAUAUCCAGAAAUUCCAAAAGACAUUUGAUAAAGCGAAAGCUGAGCUGGAUAGACUUACUGAUGCAAAAGUUCAGGAGGGCUUAGACACUGGUUCUGCUGGUCAGUCUGUUAGAAAACAAGACUCGGUUGUCCUUGAAAAGAAACUUCGUGACUUGAGUACUGAUCUACAAGUUUGGUUGGAAAAUAAUGUUCUGUUACAGGGGGAGCUUGAGAGUAGAUUUUCAUUGUUGUGCAGCAUACAAGAGGAGAUAUCUAAGGUCACAACAUUAGAUCAAACCGAUAAAGCUCACUUCACUCCUUUCCAGGCUGCAAAGUUCCAAGGCGAGGUCAGUAAUAUGAAACAAGAGAAUAACAAGGUCACCAAAGAGCUACAGGCUGGGCUUGACCAUGUAAGGGGCCUCCAAGUGGAAAUUGGGAGGGCUGUUUUGAAGCUCAGAGACAAUAUUGAACUAUCCAUUGGGAGAAGCAACCGAGCACAGAAGAACUUUAGAUCUCUAUCAAAGGCCAGAGUACCUCUACGAAAUUUCUUAUUUGGUUCGAAACCGAAAAAGGGAUCGUUAUUUUCAUGUAUGCCUGUGAUGCCAAAACCGGUUUCUGACAUGAGGCAAGGCCCUUGAAGAUAAGACUAGGUAGAGUGAUAGAUAUUUUUUGUUUGGUAUGAGUGGUUCUAUGUAAACUUGUUAGUUUUGAUUGAAUGUUUAGUGUGUAUAGGUUUUAAACCGGAAAGGAUCAUGUGACCAACAUGGUUUUCUCAUUGAUUUGUCCAGUGUUGUGUAGUAUGUAGUCCUGUACAUCCUUACUCUCAAAAUACUAGAAGAAUAUGACAUGCAAAUGUAUAACGCCACACUCAUUCAUUCCACUACUGUGACUUUUGGGUGGGAUAGUGUUGUAAUGUGUUCAGUUGAAAACAUGAGUUGUUAAAUCGUAA